CCCAGCCCUCCCUUCCCACGCCCCAGUGCGCUGUGGGAUAGUGGCACUAUAAAGUAUAUCCUCUCUCGGAGAAAGAUAAGAAGCCCGAGACAGGAGGGGGAUGAAGAUGGCGGACGCCAAGCAAAAGAGGAAUGAGCAGUUAAAGCGAUGGCUGGGCUCGGAAACGGACCUGGAGCCUCCUAUUCUGAAAAAGAAGAAGACGAAGGUGAAGUUCGAUGAUGGCGCCGUGUUUCUGGCCGCCUGCUCAAGCGGCGAUACCGAGGAGGUGCUCCGAAUGCUUGACCGGGGCGCUGACAUCAACUACGCCAAUGUAGACGGUCUGACCGCCCUCCACCAGGCAUGCAUAGAUGACAAUGUUGACAUGGUGACAUUCCUGGUGGAGCAUGGAGCCGGCAUCAACCAGCCCGACAACGAGGGCUGGAUCCCCCUCCAUGCUGCAGCCUCCUGCGGAUACCUAGACAUAGCAGAGUAUCUCAUCAGCCAGGGUGCCAGUGUAGGAGUUGUGAACAGUGAAGGUGAGACGCCUCUGGACAUUGCUGAAGAGGAGGCAAUGGAGGAGCUCCUACAGAAUGAGAUCAACCGACAAGGGGUGGAUAUCGAGGCAGCCCGGAAAGAGGAGGAGCGGGUCAUGCUGAGGGACGCCCGGCAGUGGCUCAACAGCGGCCAGAUCCAAGACGUCCGGCAUGCCAAGUCUGGAGGAACGUCACUCCAUGUAGCUGCUGCGAAGGGAUAUGUUGAGGUUUUAAAGCUUUUAAUCCAGGCAGGGUAUGAUGUAAAUAUUAAGGACUAUGAUGGUUGGACUCCUCUACAUGCAGCAGCACAUUGGGGCAAAGAGGAGGCAUGUAGGAUACUGGUGGAUAAUCUAUGUGACAUGGACCUCAUUAAUAAAAUGGGCCAGACAGCUUUUGAUGUAGCAGACGAAGAUGUUCUGGGAUACUUAGAAGAACUACAAAAGAAACAAAAUCUGCUGAUGAGUGACAAGAAAGAUGUUAAGAAAUCUCCUUUGAUUGAAACGACAACCACUGGGGACAACAACCAAUCACUGAAACCACUCAAGAGCAAAGAAACGCUGCUUCUAGAGCCAGAAAAGACUGUCCCACGCAUCGAGACCUUAGAACCGGAGAAGGUGGAUGAAGAAGAGGAGGGGAAGAAGGACGAAUCAAGCUGCUCCAGUGAGGAAGAGGAGGACGAGGAUUCAGAGUCGGAGACUGAAGCAGACAAGAGCAAACCCUCAGCAUCGGUGAGCAACAGCACAACGCCUACCCCAUCCACCAUCACCGUGUCACCGCCAACAAGCCCAACUAACCAGGUGACAACCCCCACUUCACCGGUAAAGAAGGCCAUUCAGCCUGCUGGAAAGGUCUCGACUAAAGUAGAGGAGGAGAGGAAGGACGAGUCUCCAGCGUCGUGGCGGCUGGGUUUGAGGAAGACGGGCAGCUAUGGGGCACUAGCUGAGAUCACAGCCGCCAAGGAGGCUCAGAGGGAGAAGGACACAACUGGUGUGAUGCGUUCAGCCUCGAGCCCUCGCCUCUCCUCUUCCCUGGACAACAAAGACAAAGAGAAGGAAAAGGAUAAAGGGACCCGGCUUGCCUAUGUGGCCCCCACCAUCCCCAGGAGACUGGCCAGUACUUCAGACAUUGACGAGAAGGAAAACAGGGACUCUACUGCUCUGAUACGUAGUGGCUCAUACACCCGGCGACGCUGGGACGACGACCUGAAGAACAGUGAAGGAAGCGCCUCCACCAACCGAACCCCCAGCUACCAGCGCAGCACGUCCCAUACGCUAGCACUAGGGCGGAGCGGCAGCACGCGGGACGUGCCAGCCAAGUCUUCGUCCACCUCCAGCUUGGACCCUAACACCUGUAAUACUAAACCCUGGCAGCCACCCACCUCCCACUACCAGUCUUACAGCAUUUACCGCAGCGGCUCUUUCAGCAGAAGGAACGAGGACUUGAGUUCCUCGACCACCUCCUCCACGACCACCACCACCUCCUCAUCUGUUACCUCGCCCACAGGCCAUCGCGGCCUGCUCUCCAGCCUGGGCUCCUCCUCCACCCGCACUGGCUCCACCAGUCUCACCAGCAGGUACUGGUCAGAGGAGAGUGCAGAGAGGGAGAAGGAGAAGGAGAAGGAAUCUGCUGCGGUCAUCCCCACUAUAAACACUGGCUCUACUACGACCACCACAUCUACCACUACCACCACCGGCAUAUCUACCACUACCACCACCACUGGCACUGUCACUGGCUCUGAAAGACGCAGGUCAUACCUGACGCCAGUGCGAGACGAAGAGUCAGAGUCCCAAAGGAAAGCUCGCUCCAGGCAGGCUCGACAGUCAAGGAGGUCCACUCAGGGCGUGACUCUGACUGACCUGCAAGAAGCUGAGAAAACAAUUGGCAGGAGUCGUCCCACAAAGACCCGGGAGGAGGAGAAGGAGGAGAAGGAAAAGCAGGACAAGGAGAAGCAGGAAGAGAAGAAGGAGUUGGAGACCAAGGAAGAUGAUUACCGAUCGAAGUACCGGAGCUUCGAAGAGCGCUACCGGCCUUCGUCUUCCUCCUCCACCUCCGCCAUUUCGACAGCCAGCACUGCCUCCACCCCGUCCUACUCUAGCACCAUUUUGUCCUCCAGUUCCAGCUCCCUCAACAGGCCUAACAGUCUGACGGGGAUCACCUCAUCCUAUAGCCGUUCCUCCAGAGAUACGGAAAAAGAAAUAGAUAGAAAGGAUGAGGAGAAGGAGGGAGAGGACAAAUCUCAGCCCCGCUCCAUACGGGAUCGCAGGCGGCCCCGCGAGAAGAGGCGCUCCACUGGGGUCUCCUUCUGGACCCAAGAUGGUGAUGAAAAUGACCCAGACCAGCAGUCUGACUCGGAGGAGGGCAGCACCAAGGGAGAGCCACAGAGUGACAGGUUGUCCAGGAAUGAGAUCACUUCAUCCUCAGAUCGCAAUGAUUCUUAUUCUAGCCGUGGCUACGGUGAGAGUCGGAGGCCAUACUCAAGCCGACUAGAUAGAGACGACACCACUGACUACAAGAAGCUCUACGAGCAGAUCUUAGCUGAGAACGAGAAGUUGAAGGCCCAGUUACGUGACACAGACCUGGAGCUGGCGGACUUGAAGCUACAACUAGAGAAGGCCACACAGAGGCAGGAACGCUAUGCCGACCGAUCACAGCUUGAGAUGGAGAAAAGGGAAAGAAGAGCUCUAGAAAGGAAGAUAUCUGAGAUGGAGGAGGAACUUAAGAUGCUCCCAGACUUGAAAGCAGACAACCAGAGACUAAAGGACGAGAACGGAGCACUCAUUCGAGUCAUUAGCAAGCUUUCCAAGUAGAACAGACCCCCCCCGCCCCGUCUUCUGCACCCCCCUAGUCCCCCAUGGCAGUGACUAAUGGAAUUGCACAUUUAGAUAUUAAUUGCAACAGACAUCAGAGACAAGACUCCUUUUUUCUUUUUCUCCUCCCAACUCCCUUUUUAUCUCCCUUUUGCUCCUCCACCACCAACACCAACACCACCGCAGCAUCCAUCCAUCCAUCCAUCCAUCUACCCCCACCCCCCCCUUCCGCGCCACCUCCUCGACUAUAAUCCACUCGAUUGUGUGGCCGCUGUCCCGAUAGAACCACUGAGUUUACAGAGCAAAAGGAAAAAGGGUUGUGUGAUCAGCAUGUUAAAAGCAUUGUGGGCGGGGAAGCCUGAAAACUAUUUAACCAAUAAGCCUUAGUUGUACAUAAAGAGAAAAAGAAAAAACACUUGCAUCAAUCUUCUCUCUCUCUCUCUCUCUCUCUCUCUCUCUCUCUCUCUCUCUCUCUCUCUCUCUCUCUCUCUCUCUCUCUCUCACUGAAGAACAGAUAUUAUCCAACACCUGAUUUUAUUUGUGCCACAAUCUCUCUGAUGUAAUUUUUUUUUCUUUCCUCUCCCUGUGUAAGUGUUGUGUGCUGUGCAGUUUCCCCCCUCCCUCCCUCCCUCCUUUUAACCCCCCUCAAAGUGCCACUUCUGCCCCGAUAUGAGCUCCUUGUGGCCCCUGACUCCACUACUUUAUUCAUUGUUUUUCCCGCACACACACACAGAUCACCAAUGCACACUCGCCCACCCUCCUCUUUUUUUUUUUUCCUUCUUUUUUUUUUUGUACCUCUUUGUGUCUUCCUCCAAGAGGGAAAAAUUUUGAAUUCUCGCUUUAGCGAAACGAGGCGGACCUGGUGGAAUUUAAGCUUUCACUGUAUGUGCAAUAUGCAUUUCUUUCUUCUUCUUCUUUUUUUUUUUUUUUUUAAUGCUUUAAUGAUGAGUCCAUCACAAGUAGGAUUUUUCACUCUUCCACCGCUUCCAUCGCUCACCUUCCUCCUCUUUUUUUUUUUUUUUUUUUUUUGUUUUGUUUUGUUUUAAGUUUGUAGUGUAGUCAGUUUAUACUCUGUAUUUCUCACUUUGUUUUAGCAGGUACUGAGUGAUGCUGUAUAUACCUGUAUGUAUUUGUUUGAGACCAGCACAUGGCAUGCGUUUAUCGUUCCCGUCUGUUACUAUUAAAAAGUAUACAAAUUCCAGAGGACAAAAAGGUGUGUUUUAAUUAUUUUUCUUUUAUAGUCUAAAGACAUUGGAUACAGAACAGUAGAGCCUCUCUUACGCGGGACGGCUGGCAAGUGUUCAGUGCUUUUAUUUUAAUUUUUUUUUCCAGUUUAAAAUAAGUGUUCACAUAAUUGUGAGAUAAAACAGAAUAAUCGCUUCACUACAUUUCACUUUCAUUGUAUUCAGUAUCUUGGAAGAGUGCUAAUUUUGUUUCCAAUUUUUUUUUUUUUUUUUUAAAGCUGUAGUAUUAUAGCCAAGGUGUUGUCACUAAAAAAAAAAAAAGAAUAUCUUAGGUAUCGCUAACCCAGUCCUUUUUACAAUGUCUACAUGCACUGUCGAUGCCAUGUGAGGAGUCUUGAUGUCAGGUUAAAGCAAAUCGCCACCAUCUAAUAUUUCAUGCAUCUGAAAACAUUUUAUGCAUUUCAGUGGCCUUUUAAGGAUAUUUUAGUAAAAGAAGUUUAAAAAAAAAAGUCACUGCAGAUGGACUGAUGACCAUCUACUCUGGUUUAGACUUUUUUUUUUGUUUGUUUUUUUCUUUUGUUUUUUCCCGUCAUCUUGUAAAAUAGGUGUGUGGCUUAAUACAUGCAAGCUGUGCUGUGACUACCAACCACUGAAGAGUUCAUUAAAAAUAAACUUGUACAUUGUAAAGUU